GACAACAAUUCAUUUCAUUCUUGAGGAAGGAUCUAGUUUUUCUUUUAUUUAUAAUUUUAAUGAUAAUUUCAAACAUAUUACUUAAUUUGUUCUAUGAGAAACCUAUCUUGUCGGACUUCUUUCAAUUCGAGAUAAUAAAGUGUUCUUUUCCUCGUAUUAGUUAAAAAAAUCAAUCAGCUGUUAUUUUGACUAGAGGCUAGCCUAUUGUCUACUUGACUUAUCUUAAGAUAUUUCUUUCAAAUUUAAUUUUGCUUCCUACCUAGUAAACUUCAUAACAUUAAGAAGGAUGACAAUGGGAGAUGAAUCACCAGUCACAUCUCUUGUUAUGCCCGUUUUAAUUCGACCCAUCCUUUCCAAUUUAGAAAGACGUGAUGUUGUUGCUUCUCAAACUCUGAGAGCUGCUCUUUCAAAAGUAGAAGCUGUACAUCCUGGUUUUACUUAUGAUUUUGUUGUGGGUAUUCUGAGGCAAGGUGAUUUAAAUGUUAAUAUGAAUGAAAGUAUGUUACGACUUCAAGGGGCUGUAACAGAAACGGAUGUUGAGUAUAGACUUACCAGGUCUGAAGAUGCUUUUCAAGAACUUAAUAGAAAAUCUGCAGCUUUAAAGAAGAUUUUAAGUCGUAUUCCUGAUGAAAUAACCGAUCGAUCCACGUUUUUAGAAACUAUCAAAGAAAUAGCUAGUGCAAUUAAAAAAUUACUGGAUGCAGUUAAUGAAGUAGCUGGGUUCAUUCCUGGCCCUACAGGAAAACAAGCUUUGGAACAGAGGAAGAGGGAGUUCGUCAAGUUUUCAAAGAGAUUUAGUAAUACAUUGAAGGAUUAUUUUAAGGAAGGACAGGGAAAUGCUGUUUUCGUUAGUGCUUUAUACUUAAUCCACCAAACCAAUAUGAUUAUGGUAACAGUUAAGAGUAAAUGUGAAUAGCUAUCGCUGUAAAGCCUUAAAAAAUUAUUAUCUCUUGUUUUUUUUUAAAGUCUAUUUUAUGUACAUAAUUAUAAAAUAAAUUAGAAUCAGGCUUGUUUGUAUACUGUCAGGUUCUUGCUGUAACAUUGUAAAUAUUAUAUUAUUGUUAUCUGUAGUUCUAGUUAAAAAAGAACUUUUAGGCUUGGAUGUAAAUAAAUAUAUAAUAAAAUUAUAAUAACAUUCAAUGUAUAAGUCA